UAGAGCCGUCAUGCGCUUGCGACGGCCACUAAUCGUCAUUUCGAUGUAACCAAGUGCGGUCGUGUCUUGUAGGGCUCAUUGUAGUUCGCUCGAAAGCCCUUAUUAGUGCCAAUUCAAAUGUAGUCCCUUCUGUGUGUCCUACGUCAAAGGCCACCUGAACUUCGAGAGGAAAAUCGAUGCUAACAUCAGUAGCGGUCUAAAUCAGUCGAUUGGCCGUACAGACCGUUGUCACCAGGUCCAUCCCGAUGGGUUGAGAACGCCGACAUUCUGUGUUUGUGGGCACACCACUGACGCUGGUUGACGGAUAAAAGUUUUAAAUCGGGUGUGAAGAUACACCAAAGCGUGCAGACAUACUCCAAUGCCGACGCAAAACGCAUUGGAAGAGCAAAGAGCACCGUGAACACCGGGCGAUACAACAUCUUUGAUGAUCGCUCUCCCAUUGGAAAAAAUCAUCUACACGCACUGUCACUUCAUUAUUAUUAAAUUCCUAAACAUCUUCUUCAUAUUAUAAUUAAAUUUAUUUAUUCUUUGAUAUAAAAAAAGCAAAAUGAGUAAAAUUUUGAAAGUGGUCGGCGCAUCUUGGAUGCAAACAAAGAUAAGCUCAUACAUCUUGGGUUUUCUUGGAGUCCUUUCAAUCUUAGCGCUCUUCGUUGGACAGAUAGAAAGAAUCCAGGAAGACGGAAACUACGCAGCAACUGUGUUCUAUUCAGAGAAAACCGGAUAUCGCAUUGAAUACUGGGGCCAGAGCAACGAUCUGAAGGAUAUCGCGAGGGGAGUGGCUCGAGCUUACUUCAAAGAAGGCAUCGAAACUACCGGAUGGUCGCUCCUAGAAAUAGAAACCGAUGGUUCAUACCCUGAUGAGAUACAAGCAUACGCAGCGGGGAUAGUAGAAGGCGCACUAACUUGGUAUCUGAUUCAUACGCAUUUGGAGAACACCAUCCGAGCCAAAUGCGAAGACCAACCCUUGGAGAAGCAAUGUGAUAAACUCAGAGAUGCUUUAGAUAAAUCCGUUAACAUUUGGAAGACUUACGCCGCUGAACGAGGAGCUGCUGACCCAUUUUGGCACCACGUUUCAUUACAUUACACACAAAUCGGAGGAAUAUACACAGGAUGGAACCAUGGUGUAGUCCGCAGCAAUAAUGAAUAUGAAACCGACAUAUCCGAUCUGUAUUGGUUGAACUCAGUGGCAGAAGUUGUUGAAAUACAGCACAAAUUGAACAUCUCCGUGGAAGAUCCUGAAUUUACCACUAUGCCAGGACUGUCCAGCGCUUUCUUAAGGAUUGUGAAUGAAACUUCGGAAGAUGGGAAUGAAAUUAAGAAGUUGUUUAUGGCACAGGAUGUGGCUGAAAGCUACUCAUCAAUGACGCGGAUCUUGAAGAAAUACAAACUGAACUAUCAUCGAACAUCAAGAGACACCAAACCUGCGCCAGGAGCUUCGGUGGAAUUCGCCAGUUACCCAGGAUCCAUCACAAGUCAAGACGAGUUCUAUUUAGUGAGGGGAGAAAACCAUAGACUAGCAAUAGCCGGAACUGCGCUAAGAAAUUAUAAUGACAAACUCUGGAAAAAUGUCAAUAUAACUGAGCAGGUUCCACUUGGACCCCGUAUAACAGCCGCCAACCAUCUCGCUUCCAACGUCAGCAGCUGGGGACACACCAUCGCUCGCAGCAACUCCGGGACCGGCUGCAAGCAGUGGCUGGUUGUAGACUAUAACAAGUUUAACCAACUCUUGGACUCUAACGAAGAAAUCGUGCAAAAGACCGAGAAGAAGGAAAUUGUUACGGAGAGCAUGGUAAAUAAUGACAUAAAACACACAAUAGUCCAUCGCGCGGGCAGUGGGCGGGCAAAAGGUCUUCUCUGGUUGAUCGAACAAGUCCCUGGUAGGACACAUUCCGCCGAUAUCUCGGACGCUUUCAUGGAGAAGAAAUACUGGGCUUCUUACGGUCUACCGUUUUUUGUUGAUAUAGCAAAUAUCACACACGUCACAAAAAUGGAAGAAGCACACGGAAAAUUGUUCUCAGAGUCCGAAUCACCCAGAGCCCUUAUCUUCCAACGAGGUUACAAGAACGCCACAAGUGUUAACAGCAUAAUCAAAUUAAUGAGAUCGAACAACUUGACUGCAGUAAAUAGGACUAGUGAUAACAACUGCAAGGAUGCUGGGAUCUGUAACAUGCAAAAAGCAAAAUUGUGGUCUGCUCUAGGAUACCGCGGGGAUAUUGUACAAGAUAAUAAGAAGGCAUAUGGAAUUAUUGACACUAAAGUUGUUUGCGGCACUAUUGGUGAUUAUACAUUGGAUUUCGUUGCGAUAUCCAGUCCCCCUUUCACAGAACCUACGAAACUUAACAUCACCAAAAUAAACAAAGGAAAUGUAGCAUCCAUUUACACAGAUCAAUUCGAUGACGUGCCUAUGAUAAAUGGUCUUGAAAUAAGGGAUCUAGUGAAACACCAACAGGAAGAAGCUGAGAAGGAGUCAUUAGAACUACUGAAUAAGGAUGUGAUCCAGCCAUUCCAAUGGUCCGAAAGCGAUUUUAAAGACGAAGCACACGAAGGACUUCCAGAUCUAUGGAAUUUUGGUCCCUUUAGACCAGCUUGGUCGUGGUGAAUCUCUUAUUCUAGACAGUUACUUACGAGUAGUUUUCGACAUAUUCGGUAGAGAAAAAACUGUAAAAAUGCACCCACGCAAACAAAAUUUGCGCCGUGUUUUCUUGCGCGAAAGUCUUUUCGACGCAAAUUAAAUACUUUUCCAUGUAAAGAAGUCUAUGCCGAUGAAAGUGCUUCCAACCUUUUCUACGGGUAAGGAUGACUUUUCUCUAUCGAUGGUGUAGACAAUUUACUUAAGCUAGUGAAAUUAUUUUAUUGCAUAACCAUCUCAAAGUUCCAUAAUAAUUAGAAUUUAUUUUAUUUUUAGCUGAAUAAAUAGUAAAAAUGUCUGUCCCGAAAAAAUUAUUAUUGUGUUCUUGGCUCUCGUAAAUUAUUUAAAAAUACCUAUUUAAAAAAAACAGACAGACAAAAAACAAUAUUUUAACUUAGUAAUUUACUUAUAAAUAUUUUACAAUAAUUUUAAUUUGGAUGCAAUUAUUUUAUACUAAGAUUUGUCUUAUUUAUUAUUCUUUUGUUUGUAUUGUCCUCAGAAAAAUAGUGAAUAUUAAUUCGAUAGAUCCCUGCAUUUUUUGCGGGUUGCCUGCGUAGUAACUAGCACUUUUUGUUGUGUUUAAACAAAACUUUAGGAAUUUAAUUAUUUUAAUGUAAUGAUUUAAUAUAUUGCUGACAUACAUAAGUGGUAGGUAUAUAUCAUGAUCACUGUGUGUAAGUAUAUUU